AUAAUGGAGCGCCACUCUACUCUAGUGUUUACGGUAUCCGUGCUAUAAUGCUCUUCCAAUCCCGCAGCACUUGCUCCUGCCUGCGGUCACAUCUUACUGCCAGAACUUCAGUGACGCGGUUACACUGGAUUUCUGUUAUUCAUUCACGCUCUGCGUCCUUUUCUUCGUUUAAUUACGUUUAUUUUGCUAAACAUCUCUUACAGAGAGGUGCCGUAUUUUGUAUCCUUGCUCGCAGCCAAUUUUUUAGCCGUUUUUUUUAUGUUUUGUUGCGUGCGGUAGAAAGCACGGAUCAUCAGCCGGCAUUAAGACCUCAGCUUUAAGGAUACGAUUCUUAUUUAGAAACGGUUAGCUAGGCCAAUUAUCUGGUGGAUAGGCUACUGGCGGUUUGUGCACACGUCUUUAUACGCUUUACAGCUAGGGUAGCCUACUUAUUAUUUAUCCGUUUUAUUCUGUUGUAGCAAGACAAUUCCCGUCCGUGUUCAUGCCAGAUCUGCAGCGCUUUAGUUUUCCAUACCAUAGCAUGAAUCCUUUGUUGGGUGCCAACACGCAUCUCCAACAGCAUCAGAGUCAAGCUCCCGGACACCCGGACUCUCCUUCAGGCCUCCUGUCAGACACCGUUUUCGGUGGACCGGACCCGACGUCCUUUUUUCUGGGUGAGCAGCACGGGCAGGGGCCUGAUCAUCCGGGGCCUGACUUCCCCGCAUCCUCACAGACUUCACUUUACCUCCACCAUAACCACAGUCACUACCAGCACCUCGCUGUGCCACAUCCUCCCGCAGCCAUGGCUCUCAGAAACGACUUGGGAUCCAACAUCAGCGUCCUCAAAACUCUCAAUCUGAGGUUCAGAUGCUUUUUGGCAAAGGUACACGAAUUAGAGCGCAGGAAUAAGAUUUUAGAGAAGCAGUUGCAACAGGCGCUGGAUGACAACAACUGCUGUCAAGGUGGAUGCGGUAAGGGCAGGGGGCACACCCAGGAGGCAGGUGUACAGACCGGAUUUAUCGAGACCAUCCCGCUCAGGCCCGGAUCCCUCCCCUUCCACAACACCAACAACUCAGCCAGGAGGCCUACAACACUGUUCACACCACCUCUCACAACAGCAUCCGCAGAAAACUCCAGUUCAACCCAAACAAAUGCCACUUGUAACCCAGCCAUCACCAUCAGCCAGGCCUCUCCCUGUGUGGACUCCCCUGGCUCUGGCUCUAAAGGUUUGGCCAGCACCAGCGCAGGUCCGGGGAGCUCCACCAAUCCCCCUCCACGGUUCCUCCCAGGCACCAUCUGGUCCUACAACCACACCCGCAAGUUUGGCCCUGGCGCGGAGCGUCUGACCAGCCCAGGAGUGUCCUGGGUGCACCCUGACGGAGUCGGGGUCCAGAUUGACACCAUCACCCCUGAGAUAAGAGCCUUGUAUAAUGUGCUUGCCAAAGUGAAGAGGGAGAGAGAUGAGUAUAAACGCAGAUGGGAAGAAGAAUACACUAUGAGGAUGGAUCUGCAACAGAAAAUUGGGGACCUACAAGAGGACCUGCAGGAGAGUGAAGGCUGUCAGGACGAACUGGCACUCAGAGUUCAGCAGUUAAAGGCAGAGCUGGUUCUCUUCAAAGGCCUCAUGAGCAAUAACUUCACAGAUUUGGACAGUAAGAUCCAGGAGAAAGCCAUGAAGGUGGACAUGGACAUCUGCCGCAGGAUUGACAUCACCGCUCGUCUCUGUGACGUAGCUCAGCAGAGGAACUGUGAAGAUGUGAUCCAGAUGUACCAGGUUCCUAACAACCAAUCAUCCCUAAACUGCCGCCGGAAACAUACUCCUUUGUCCUUUAACGGAAGCGAGUGUGACGAACCUGUCAGCACCUCUGAAAGCGAUGGGGGCGGGGUCAAAGACGAAGAGCACUGUGGCUCAUCAGCUAAUCAAAUCAAUGAGGAGAUGCAGAGGAUGCUGAACCAACUUCGUGAAUGUGAGUUUGAGGAUGAUUGCGACAGUCUGGCCUGGGAGGAGACUGAAGAGACGCUGCUUCUUUGGGAGGACUUCCCAGGAUGCACUCUGCCUUCUGACCCCACCCACCCACCAGGAGAGGAAGACUGUCUGGAAAAGGUGAUUAAUGACACAGAAUGUCUUUUCAAGUCCCGAGAGAAGGAAUACCAAGAGACAAUUGACCAGAUUGAGCUGGACCUGGCCACAGCUAAGAGUGACAUGAACCGACACCUCCACGAGUACAUGGAGAUGUGCUCGAUGAAGAGAGGCCUGGAUGUUCAGAUGGAGACCUGCAGAAGACUUAUCACACAGAGUGGAGACCGUGACUCUGCGGCGCCUACGUCUGCUGAGGACGGUGACCAGAGAGAAAACGGCAGGUCUUCGUCCUCUCCGCCUUCCUCCAGUGCUGGGAGAUCUUGACACUUCCUCACUCCGGCAGUAACAGGGGCUGUGGUCACGUAACCUUCACUGCAUCCAGCUACAGUACUACACGGACGCAAUACACACCUGUAACUAUGGCAACACCAUGUUUACAUAUGAACCUCUUUUAUUUACGGAGUCAUAUUGUAAAUUCCUCCUGCUGUCCAUACAAGUCAACUUUGGUUUGACGAGACCUUAGCACUGAAACUGAACUGGACACUGAAACUAUGAUUGAAUAGCAGAGCUGGAUUGUUGUCAUUACUACUUCAUGCAGACAGGUCAUUGCCCUGCAGAGAGGAGAGGUGGGACCUUGUCAUCUUGUGUUUGACAGCAGUAAUCAAGAAAAUUAAUCUAAUAAUGGAUUGUCCUGUUAAGAUUCAGAAAGUUGAGUAUCCUGAAUUUAUUUUAAGUAAAGGGGCUGAUGUUCUUGCAGUGCAGGGCAGUAUACUACAGGAAAGCAUAGCAUGACUUAUUCAAUCCAGACACAGUAAAAACACUUGAUAACCCAGGCAUCUGAUGCUAAUCAAGAAUAUACAUGUUGUAGGGUUACUUCAUAGAGUCCACUCCACACAUAUUUACAGUCUUGUAAUUACGUUCUUUCGCUAAACAAACAAAACGCACAGGGAGCAGAAUUAGUCAGUUUGAUAUUGAUAAUGAUCAGUCUUUAAAGCCUAAUAAGAUGUCAUGAUUCAGCAUUCUACUGCCUUACAGCUACAGACUCACAACUUGCUUUCCAGAGGCAAAGCAAACAUGAAGUUACAAAUAAAUCAUAUAUCCAUGCUUUAUUUAGCAAACAUAAUAAUGAAUUAAGAAAAAGAAAUUAAAAUUUUUGUUUUAUUGGGAGGAAUCCACCUUGAAACAUUGUUACCAUGUUACCCAAUGAUGAUGUUCUUUGGAUUUCUUGGCUCUCCGAGAGGGAACUGUUACAUUAAAUCUACAAAUAAACAUUUCAUAACGUCACAACAUUUUAAUAUUUUAACUACGCUUUAACAAGGGGUUGCACUUUGGUGUCAGGCUUAGGAAGAGCAGACAACACCACACUAACAUUGCAACCCUCAUAUACAAAUAAAAUUGAUCCUAGAAUAGCCACCAUCAUCAAUUUGCUAGUGGGAAUUGUUAAAAAUUAAUUUCGAAAAUAUCUAACUAGAGCACAGACAAGGUAAUUUACAACAAUUCAGCCAUCUGAAAAGCAUUGAACAUCGCAGACAAAACUGUUAACGGUGCUUAAUAAGAAACCAUAGAGAAGAAUGUCUGUCAGUGUCAGAGGGAGUCAGUGUUGGCUCUUUGUUUUGCUCUCUGCCAAUAAAAGUACCGUGUGAUGAAGUGCACUGACACCCAAGUGUCAUGUAGCUGUCGGUAAUUAGUUUCAUUUUCAGCAGUAAUGCUUAGAUCAGAGUCAGGCCCUUUAUUUUUCAAGCAGAGCUGCAUGUUUGAGCAGAAUAACUUUAAAAGGAGAACGUAAUAAUGUAAGUUAGCUGUUGAGUGCCAAAAUAAAAUGGUCAGAUUGUAAAUAAACAGGUAAUUUCUGUAAAAACAAAACAAAAAAAACAGUGUCUAGAUAUGGCUGCCAAAGCUAUUUCACCAGGGUGCUUGAUGUAUAAAAUAAACCUGUUUUUGAGCCUGUUUGCACAAAAGAAGAGCAAAGCAAAAAUGUAUAUAAAACAAUUAGCACUAUUGUAAAACAUAGAACAUACAAAUGUUGACACACUGGAAAAAGAAAACUAUAUUUCUUCCAUUGAUAUUGCCUCAUUUUCAUAUGUUGAAGGUGGGGUACUAGAAAUUUAAACACAAACACAUACCUCAUUUUAACUUCAUUUGUGUUUUUCAGGGCACAUUUAACCAUGAACUUUAACUCAGACACACUGCUAAAGUAAAACAUAUGUUAGCAUACUGCUUGAAAUCAUCCCUGUCAGGGGAAUGCCCCCCCCCCCCCACCCAUCACUGCUCUAUUAUCAGACACAGUUGUUUAAAUAUAGUCCUGGCUGUAGUGUCUUCUGUGUGGUUGUACAAGGUGAAAUAUUUCUUCUGCUUCUACUACGACUCACACUAAAAGACUUUGUUUUAAUAAUAAUGAUCGCUUAUGUAAUCUCAUGCAUGUGUGGCCGUUGGAAUUAGCUGAAUGCUAAUCGCAGUGUUUCUACUACUGUUUGAACACAGAAGGAGGAUGUGAGAGAUGAAUUGUGUGAGACAUAAAACACACUAUUUCCCUUUGUAUAGUUUUAAGCACUGAGUGAGUCUCUAUGUAUGCAUGUGCCAGUGUGUAUGUUUUGGGGUGUUAUGUCUGUACAGUGAGUGUUUUUAAAAAGACUUUUACUGGGGCAAAUGUACAACAUGAAGAAGAAGGAAACAUAACCAGUCCAAUUUGAUAUUGUCUCUAUGUUUUGCAUUUGAGACUAAGCUGUCUUUUUGACAGAAAUCACCUCAAAAUUGUAAAUAUUCAAAUGAAAAUGGAGUUCUUUUUUCCAUUGGUACUUUUUCUUUAUGAGUGUAUGUGGUUGCCAAACAAAGUCAAUUUAAAAAUAACUCAAGUUAAAAACAAAACAAAGCGGAACUUCUGAAACGCAAAUGCUUUAGCAAAUUGACCGUAAGAUGGCUUUGAUAAUAUAUGUGUAAAGGAAAUAUAGCUUUGAAUAUAUACCUUUGUUCAAAGAGUGCAAAUGAAGAAUGUCCACAGUCACACACCUGGAAAGAAACUGAUUUAAGACAAAAUUACCUUAUUGCUCUAUUUAGUUUUUAAAUAGGAAUGAUUCCGGUUAAUAAAAAAAAGAAAGAGUUUUUGACACUUCUUUACAGAAAAGACAAAAUACUGAGAUUCAGUUUGUGUCACAAAACAAUUUGUUGAUAGUGUUGUUGAUCAUGUACUCCAGAUGUGUGACAAUGCAGCUUUAAACACCAAGACAGUUAUUAAGGCUAAGAAGCAACACUGCAGAGCUACAGUAUGUAAUGUGUCAAGAGAGACUGAAAGAAUAAAAGAUGUAACUGAG